AUGUUAAUCAAGUUAACUAUUCUUUACUCAGACUAUCUGAUGAUUCAGAUGAAGAAGAAAGUAAUAUGUCAAAUAAAGUUAUUUGUUACUUAGCUUUACCAAAAGAAGCUCAGGAAUAUAAUAUACUAGAAUGGUAG